AUGGUUCUGAAGGCUCUGAACUCUGUUGAGUUCGCGGACGCAAGCAAGUCCGCCGUCCUACAUCGUGAUCUCAAGAGCCAAUUCCUCCGUACUGUAGGUGGCGAGGGUAACUGCUAUGUCGUCGACGGCGGUCGGAAGCUUUUCGAUGCGUCCGGGGGCGCCGCCGUGGCAUGCCUCGGCCAUAGCGACAAGCGAGUAGCUGAGGCUAUCAUCCGGCAGCUCAGCAACAUUGCCUACAGUCCCUCUACUUUCUUCACGACGUCGGUAUGUGAGCAGUUGGCCCAGUUUCUCAUCAACACCACACAUGGUCACAUGUCAAGGGCCUAUCUUGUGAGCAGCGGAUCCGAAGCAAUGGAGGCGGCCAUGAAACUCUCUAGGCAGUAUUUCCUGGAGAAGAAGCCAGCAGAACCACAGAGAUAUCUUUACAUUGCCCGCCAGAGAUCGUAUCAUGGCACGACGCUAGGCGCAUUAUCUAUGGGUGGCCAUGUCGCACGCCGAGCUAACUUCAAGCCCAUGCUCCUCGACAAUGUUGUGUCGCAUAUUUCCCCAUGCUUUGCGUACAGGGAUAGGUUGGCCGACGAAUCGGACGAGUCCUACGUUGCAAAGCUCGCCAAGGAGCUCGAGGACGAGUUUAUUCGGGUUGGCCCUGGUAAUUCACACGGGCUGAUCUCUGGGUACGUUGAGGCACUGGGUUGUGUUCCGGCUGUUCCAGGCUAUUUUCAAGCAAUGAAAUCUGUGUGUGACCGAUACGGUGCGUUGCUCAUCAUGGAUGAAGUCAUGAGCGGCAUGGGCCGCAGUGGAACUCUCCACGCAUGGGAGGCCGAGGGUGUUGUGCCAGAUAUCCAGACCAUCGGCAAGGGUUUGGCUGGGGGCUAUCAGCCGAUAGCCGGCGUCCUCGUAAACAAGAGGGUGGUUGAGGUGCUAGAAAAGGGGACAAGUGCCUUUGUUCACGGACACACAUAUCAAGGACACCCUGUCGCGUGUGCGGCAGCCCUGGAAGUUCAACAGAUCAUCCAGGCAGACGGCCUGGUGGCCAAUGUGCAAAACAUGGGUCAGCUCUUAUCUGGUCUUUUGAAAGAGAGUCUUAUGGACCAUCCAUACGUCGGAGACAUCCGGGGCAAGGGCCUCUUCUGGGGAAUCGAGUUUGUCCGCGACAAACAGACCAAGGUGCCAUGGCCUAGUGCAGCGCGAAUCGCAGCGAGUAUCAACGAGCUGGGGUUGACGGAACCAUACGGCAUUGUUGUUUACCCGGGCUCAGGAACAGCAGACGGUGUUCUCGGGGAUCACAUCAUUGUAGCGCCUCCAUAUACGGUGACAAGGGACGAGAUUGCAUUUGUCGCCGAAACGGUGACGCGGCUCGUCAACGAUUUUUUCUCGAAGCUGGCAAUUCAGGGGAUCUGA